AUGACAAUCGUGACGAGUUUAGGAAUCUCUGUUCCUCCCCAAAUGUCUCCAGUCAUGGAAGAAGAUCCAGAAGAAGACAGCGAGGAAGACGUUUGUCCUUCUCCUGUCCCCAUAGCACACUUUAAUGUCAACAACAGCAACAACAAAGAAGAUCAAAUAAAAAAGCCAAAAAAACAGAAAAGAAAAGGCAAAAAUACCAACACUCAGAAGAUCCAAAAAACAGUAAAUACCAAGUCCAAAAAGUCCAAAAAGAAAAGCAAUGUGCAAAACCAAAAAGACAAAGGCAAGGAACAUGGAACAGAGAAAGAGAAGAAAAAAAGGAAGGAUCAGAAGGAGCAAGAAAAUGAGAAAGAAAAGAAAAAAGAGAAGGAAAAGGAAAAGGAGGAGAAAAAAGAAGGGCCGAAGGAGUUGUUUGUGAUUAAUCCAGCCAGUAACCUGUAUUACCAGUGGCUCCUUCUCAUCACUCUGCCCGUCAUGUACAACUGGACGAUGAUCAUUGCAAGAGCCUGCUUUGAAGAACUGCAGCAUGAAUAUCUGAUCACGUGGUUCUUUCUCGACUAUAUCUGUGAUCUCAUUUACUUGGGUGAUAUGGCCUUCAGAGCAAGGACUGGCUACCUUGAGCAGGGUUUGCUUGUCAAAGAUCAGAAACUCCUCAUCAAGCACUAUACAGACAGCCCUCAGUUCCGACUUGACGUCAUCUCGAUGAUACCCACCGAUGUGCUGUACUUUAUCCUGGGACUGGACUACCCUGAGAUUCGCAUCAACAAGCUGCUACGCAUCAACCGCAUGUUUGAGUUCUUUGACCUUUCACAGACCAUGACCAACUAUCCUAACAUCUUCCGCAUCUGCACUUUGGUCAUGUAUAUCAUCAUUAUCAUUCACUGGAAUGCAUGUCUCUACUUCUCCUUCUCCAAAUUUAUUGGUUUUGGUGCAGAUCCCUGGGUCUACCCAGCACUCACUGAACCUGAGUUUGGGGACUUGUUGAGAAAGUACUCUUUCAGCCUCUACUGGUCCACACUGACUCUCACCACCAUUGGGGAAACACCAUCUCCUGAGCUGGACUCUGAGUUCCUCUUCCAUGUAGUAGACUUCCUGGUUGGAGUCCUGAUCUUCGCCACCAUUGUUGGGAAUAUCGCCACAAUGAUUUCCAACAUGAAUGCAGCCCAAGCCCAGUUUCAGGCACGCGUCGACAACAUCAAGCAGUACAUGCAUGUGCGGCACGUCAGCAAGGACCUGGAAAAACGAGUCAUCAAGUGGUUUGACUAUCUGUGGUCCAAUAAAAAGGCACAAGAUGAAAGGGAGGUACUCCGGUACCUGCCGGACAAGCUGCGAGCAGAGAUUGGUAUGAACGUUCACCUGGAUACGUUGAAGAAGGUGAGGAUCUUCUCAGACUGUGAAGCAGGACUGCUUAUUGAGCUCAUUCUUAAAUUACGACCUCAGGUGUUCAGCCCCGGUGAUUACAUCUGCCGCAAGGGUGACAUCGGCCGGGAGAUGUACAUCAUCAAGGAGGGAAAACUGGCUGUGGUAGCUGAUGAUGGUGUCACACAGUUUUGUGUUCUGGGUGAUGGAAGUUACUUUGGUGAGAUCAGUAUCCUCAACAUCAAAGGCAGCAAAGCAGGCAACCGCAGGACAGCUAACAUCUGCAGCAUCGGAUACUCAGACUUAUUCUGCUUGUCCAAGGAUGACUUAAUGGAAGCGCUCACCGAGUACCCUGAUGCCAAAAGCAUGCUGGAGGAAAAGGGGAGGCAGAUCCUUAUGAAAGAUGGCCUGAUUGAAACAGACCCGGCUAACCUGAAGCCAGACCAGAAGGACCUUGAUGACAGAGUGAACCGCAUUUACAACACCAUGGAGCUGAUGCAGGCAAAAGUCAAGAAACUGCUGACAGAUUACGAGAAAACUGAGAAAAAACUGAGAGAGCGUAUUGUCCGGAUAGAACGCUAUGCUGGAGAGGAGGUGGAAGAGGAUGAGGAUGAAGAUGAGGGGCAGAAGAAAGUGAAGGAAGAGACUGCACCAGAGCAAGUUAAGGAGGAGAAGAAAGAGGAGGACAAGUAG